CUCACAUGACAUGAAAGAGGAAACAGAAGGACAGACAAAAGGCUGCAGUAAUGAUUUCCUGAUAUCCUCAUUUUUGUUUUUGUCAAGAUAGUUUAAUCAUGCUGUGACAGCAAACACACAUGCAGUCAAUGAGUUAAUCAGUCAUGUAACAAAAAAAGUAUGUCAACAGAUAAAGUGUUGGCUCCACCCUGUGGCUUUAUGUCUUCCAGGGAAGGGGAGGGCAGUGAUUGUGUGUGUGGGCUGUUUGCUUGCAUGCCGGCCUGUUUGGUUACAUGUGAGGACUGAAGGGGGCGGAUAACAUUUAGACUGAAACUAUGAGGCUUGACUGACGUUCACAUCAUCUAGGUGUGGCUUUGCAGGCUCUUCAGUGUGAUCCAGGAACCGCCGGCUGCAAAAGUAGCUGAGCCAGUCCUUUUCGGACAGCAUAAGAGAGUGGAAGUGAAGCCAGGCGGACACAGAAGGACUGGAGACAUGGCAGCAACAGCAGCUGAAGAAGCAGCUCCCACCUCCAAGCAGCAGCAGAAACUAUGCAGCGUCUGCUCAGGUGUCCUGAGUGGAGACCAGCCGGCAGCCUGUGGACACUCUGUUUGUGUCUCCUGCCUCGGUGACACAAGCAAAGGAUGCACCGAGUCUCUGAAGAGCCUCGACAAGCCUGAGCCUGCCAAACAGAAUGGAACAGAGGCUGAGGCUCCUGCAAUUAACAGCAAAGAGGAGCAAAAUCAAGAUUCAAAGACAACCGAGGAGAUCAAAAUACAAGAAGAUCUGAAGGAGUCUGAGGACCCCAAGAAGCCUGAAGAGGACAAGAAAGAGGCAGAACCGCAGACAAAUGGAGCAGAAGAGGAGGUGAAGGAGGAACCUUUGGGCCCUGACGAUGUGGUGUGUGAUUCGUGUAUUGAGAGCCCCUGCAGAGCUCUCAAGUCCUGCCUCACCUGCCUGGUGUCCUACUGCGAGGCCCACCUCCGGCCUCACCUGGAGAACCCAAAGUUUCAGAACCACCGGCUGGUGGAGCCGCUCAGGGACAUCGAGAGGCGGACAUGUGAGAGCCACAAGUGGCCCCUGGAGCUUUUCUGCUGUGCUGACGACUGCUGCAUCUGUCAAGACUGUGUGACGGAGGACCACAAGGGCCACAACACCAUGCCUGUGGUGGAGGCUCGCAGACGGAUAGAGAGGGAACUGAAGGACAAGCAGACUGAGAUGGUGAAGACAGUGACGUCAGCGGAGAACGCCAUCAACAAACUACAACUCAACACAGUCUCCAUUGAGCAUUCGGUGACCGAGGUACGAGCAGUGAUUGAAAGCCAAUUCGAGGAGCUGCAGGCGGUGGUGGAGAGGGCCAAGCGGGAGGUGGCGGAGAUCCUGGCGGGUGAGGAGAAGCAGGCGCUGAAACAGGCUGAGGGUAUCCGGGUUCAUCUGGAGCAGAGGUGCACAGAGCUGAAGAAGACACAAGCGCAGGUGGAGAAGCUCUCCAAAAACAAAAAUGAUGUGGACUUCCUGCAGGAGUAUUCACAGUGGAAGAAAGAAGCCACUGAUACCUCGCUGCCUGGGGUCUACAUCGGACUUAUGGACCGUCUGAAUUCCUUCAGCCAUGUGAUCGUCAAGUCCACGGAGGAGCUGUGUGCCAUGCUCGUGUCUUCAUACAUAGACAAAGUUAAAGAGACGUGUAAAAAUGAUAAAAUGGGGAUAAAGACAACAGUCCAGGCGAUUGUUGCGGCAAAACAGAACAUAACGUUACCAAAUCCAGAGACUCGUACAGACUUCCUCAAGUAUGCCGCCCAGGUGACUUUCGAUGGUGACACAGCUCACAAGUUCCUGCGCCUGACAGAGGAAAACAGGAAGGUGACUAAUACCACACCCUGGCAACAUCCUUAUCCUGAUGUACCUGAGCGCUUUGAGAACUGGCGUCAAUUGCUGGCAACAGAGAGCUUCUAUAUGGGGCGGCACUACUUUGAGGUGGAUAUCAGCGGCGAGGGCACACACAUCGGCGUCACCUACAAGAGCAUCGACCGAAAGGGCAGCGAAAGCAACAGCUGCAUCACGGGUAACAACUUCUCCUGGUGUAUUCAGUGGAACGGACGCACCUUCUCCGCUUGGCACAGCGAUGUGGAAACUCCUCUCAAUGUGGAGAAGUUCACCCGUAUCGGGGUGUAUGUGAACUACACGCAAGGCUUCUUGGCUUUUUACGGAGUGAGUGAUACCAUGACGCUCAUCCACGAGUACAAGGCAGAGUUCCUGGAGCCUCUUUACCCAGCUUUCUGGUUGUCUAAGAAGGAGAAUAUUGUUGCCUUGGUGGCACCUGGAGAGCCAUUACCGCUCAAAAGCCCCUCUCCUCCCACCUCACCUGCAAAUGGAAUUGUUUCAAAAACAGCAGCAUAGUAAUGAAGUUUCUUUGCUUGCAUCGUUCACAAUUGUUCAAGUUUGUCUUUAAGGCUGCAGUCAGGUUAUAUGAACAGUGAAAGAGGUUUCCCUUACUGUAAUCCAUCCUCCUGUGCAUAUUGCAUAUUAAAAGAUCCCCUUCAAAAUUGCUUUCAGUAUAAGUGAUGGGGGCCAAAAUCCACAGUGUGUCCACACAGUCAUUUAAAAGUUGAAGCUUAUAUUCAGCUUCAGCAGUCUGAGUUAGUCAUAUCAAGUGGAUAUCUGACAAAUUUACUUUUUAGCAUCAAAUUCCCUCUUUGUGUUUCCCUGUUGGUGGAAGUACUGUAUAGUAACAAAAAGAGGAACUUUGGCACUAAAAAGACUGUAAUGUUGAAAGAUAUCUAUUUGAUUUGACUCAUUUGGACGACUGAAGCUUCAUAUUAGCUUCAGAUAAACUUUUAAAUACAUCUUUGCACAGAAUGAGGACUGUGGAUUUUGUCCCCCAUCACUUAUAUUGUAAGUACAUUAUGAAGUGAUGGAAUGAUAACAGCAGGAAAAACAUGUUUAAGCGUCCAAUUGGACACCUGAUUGUUGUUUUAAGAUAGACUUGAAUAUUUGUGAACUCAUCCUUUAAGUGGGAAUUAUGAGAGUCUUGUAUAGUUGUAUAAAAUGUUUAACUCCAAACAAAACCUCUAAUGAAAAUUUUAUCGGAUAAAGAUCCAAAUAUGGAAAGUCUUGCCAUAGUAAAACCUGUUUACAGCAGCCUAUCUUUAAAUGUUAAAAUAUCAUGUAUAUUUGGCCUCAAAUCAUAUUUAUACUCCUGUGUACGUUUGGGAUCGCUGUUACUUAUCAUCACACUGUGAAUCCAGAA